UCCGUGGGAGGGCAAAAUACGUAACGUUACCAACAAACAGAAUACUGCCGGUAGAAUUCACUUUGCAGCAUGUAAUCUCUCUUCUUACAGCGAAGAACUUUGUAUAUAAUAUUGUACCGACGCACCAUGCUGCAUAUUGCCAGAAUACAAUACAGAAAGAUGAGCGUCCGGGCAGCGCGACUGUUGGUGAACCCGGCCCGAGCCCUGGUGGACGAGAGAGUGGACAUCACCGUGGAGAGUCUGUCUCCCCAUCAGCCGGUAACUUUACAGGCACAGCUGGUGGAGGGAGCAGCACGCUUCCAGUCUUACGCACAUUACAGGGCCGACAGUGCCGGGAGGGUGGUCCUGGGGAAACAGCCUGCACUGGGAGGGACUUUCACAGGCAUAGACCAGAUGGGUCUGUUCUGGAGCCUGCAGCCUUCCCCUGGGCAGAAACCCGGGCUGCGGCUCAGGAAGAAGGACGUCUCCACGCCGUUCCUGCUCGACCUCAGCCUGCACGACGGACACUUGGACGCCAUCGCGGAGCCGAACACCGCGGCACUCACCUCGACCCGCCUGGAGAGAUGGUACCUCGGGAAGGGCGUGGAGAGGAUACCCCUGAGGGAAGGUCGUCUGCGAGGGGCCUUGUUUCUCCCGCCAGGUGAAGGUCCUUUCCCCGGAGUGAUUGACAUGUUCGGGUCCACCGGGGGUUUUGCAGACUACCGCUCCGCUCUACUGGCCUCCCGUGGGUUCGCCACACUCGGUCUCGCCUUUUUCGGCUACGAGGACCUUCCUAAUGACAUGUCUGACAUCGAUCUGGACUAUUUCGAGGAAGCAGCAGACUGGCUCCUGAGUCACCCCAAGGUGCAGUCUCACGGUAUUGGAGCAGUCGGUACAUCUAAAGCAGGGGAGAUAGUUCAGGCCAUGGCCACAUACAUGAAACAGGUAUCUGCUGCAGUAGCUAUCAGUUCCUACAGUGCUAUAAGCUAUGCACCUCUACCGUACAAGGACAUGGUGUUACCAUGCGCAAGGUGGAUGGCAGACCAGAUCGUGUUCACCGAAGACGGUUUUGCAAAUGUUGAAAACCAGCUGGAGGAUAUCACGACAGAGCCAGGGAUUAACGCAUGCAUUCAGGUGGAGAAAUCUGAUUGUCCCAUCAUGUUUGUAGCAGGAGAGGAUGACAUCAAUAUUCCCUGUGUCUACCAUGCCAACAAGGCCAUUGCUAGAAUGAAGGCUCAUGGGAAGACUAACUACACACUGCUGAGGUACCCUGGGACAGGUCAUCUGAUCGAGCCGCCCUACACGCCUCACUGUGGCUUCUACUUCCACCCGCCUUUCCGUGUUUACGUGUACGCAGGUGGGGAACCAAAGGGACACGCUGCUGCUCAAGAGGACUCCUGGGCCAAGAUUCUCAGCUUUCUCAGGAAAAACGUAGACAGACCUCAAGCAGGAUGCCCCAAAGAUUGCCGGCCACGCGUAUAAUUAUAGACUUCAAGGCAACGUUCAAUUACAGGUAAGUCACCCGACUCACCAAUUACGCUAAAGUAUUCCUUGCAUAUUUGCCUCGGAUACAAGCAUCUAUUGAAUUGCAAGCAUCUCUUCAUUCGUUUCUAUUUAGAGCUUACAAUGUGAUAUCUCCCUCACAGCUUAAAUGGCUUUCCGAUAUUGUAUGGAUAACUGUACAAUAUACCAGUGUC